AUGUUUUCGAACUGGAUUGUGGCCUCUCUAUAUGUGCCUCUAGUGGCCGGUUACUUGGUUUCACCCCCGGGCACGCCUUAUCCCGAGGCUUCCUCCGACUGCAGUGGCUGGGCUGAGUAUGCAUCUGGCCUAACAUGUGCGAGCGUUGAGGAUACCUACUUUAUCAGCGCUGCCGAUUUUGAAUCUUGGAACCCCCUCGUUACCGCUUCAGGUUCCUGCUCUUUGCAAUCUGGGUUCUGCUACUGCGUGCAAAUCAAUUUUGAGAGCACCUCUCCUAGCCCAACCUCUUCCGCAUUAGAAGUGCCAACGACCACUGGCAAUACUAGCUCUUCCUCUACUACUACUACAUCCGGCAAUAGCAUCGCCACACCUACUCCUAUUGAAUCUGGCAUGGUUAAUAACUGUGAUGUAUUCCAUCAAGUGGUCUCUGGAGAUUCUUGUCAGGGCAUCGCUGCCGCUGCAGGAAUUACUCUCACGGACUUCUACACCUGGAAUCCUACUGUUGGAAGCGGCUGCUCUAGUCUCUGGCUUGGAUACUACGUCUGCACUGGUAUAACCGAUGACUUAACCACCGCCACUAUUCCAGCAAUCACCACUACCGCUGGUAAUGGGAUUCCCACCCCAUCUCCUAUCCAGAGCGGUAUGGUCACCGACUGCGACCAAUUCCACCUUGUCGUCUCCGAUGAUUCUUGCGCUGCCAUCGCAUCUAGAGCAGGAAUCUCCAUCGCUGAUUUCUACACCUGGAAUCCUACUGUUGGGAGCCGCUGCUCUAGUCUCUGGCUUGGAUACUACGUUUGUAUUGAUGUCGUUGGAUACACACCCAGCAAGACGACUACUACUACUUUGAAGACUACUACCAUAUCUAAGGGGAAUGGUAUCACCACUCCCACUCCUACUCAGGUUGGUAUGGUUGCCGAUUGCAAUAAGUUUUACUUGGUGGGCACUGGAGCUAGCUGUGCCGCCGUUGCAUCGGAGGAGGGUGUUACUCUUUCUCAAAUUGAAAGCUGGAACUCUGGGGUGGGUAGUGCGUGUACAGAUCUGUGGCUUGGCUACUACAUCUGCGUUGGUGUUGUGUAA